UUUGUCGGCAAUUUACUAACGUAUGAUAGCAAACAAAUUGCCACCUUUUUAGGCAUUCCGUAUGCAUUGCCACCAAUAGGUUUGUUGCGUUUUAAAAGACCGAUUCAAUUGCCAAAAACAAAUGAAACAUUUAAUGCCAAUCUUUGGCCUAAUCCUUGUCUUCAAAAAGAUAAUCAUUUGCAACUUAAUAAUUAUAAUUUUAGUGAAGAUUGUCUUUAUUUAAAUAUAUGGAGUUCUGCUAAAUUGAAUUCAAAUGACACUCAGCUUAAACCAGUUAUAGUGCACAUACAUACCGGUGCUUUUCUAUUUGGGUCAGCGUCUGAACAAAACUAUAACGGCAUUGUGUUAUCUGCUUUGGGAGAUGUAGUUGUCGUCACUUUUAAUUAUAGACUUAAUUUAUAUGGAUUUAUUUAUACUCCUAAUGAUAAAGUCUCAAAAAAUUUAGGAAUGUAUGAUCAGGUUAUGGCACUCCAAUGGGUAAACCAUCACAUUUAUAAUUUUGGUGGUGAUCCAACUAGAGUUACAGUAUUGGGACAGUCUACUGGAGCACUGUCAGUUGGAUUUCAUAUAAUAUCUCCAAUAAGUAACAAAUUAAUUAAAAAUGCUGUUAUGUUAAGUGGUUCACCAUUAGAGCACAGUUGGCUUUCCGAACCCGAAAAUGCCCAACAAUUUUGGAUUAAUUAUGCUAAAGAUGUUAAUUGUAUGGGAAAUGAACAUAAUAUCACUGAUAAAGUAUUGAAUUGUUUGGUUAAAUUAGAUAGAAAUCAAUUACCAGCUAUGAGUGAUGUUAAGCAAUAUUCAAUCGACCCAUUUAUAGUAUCAGCACCUGUAGUUAAUGAUGAUAAUUUUUCUAUUAAAUUAUUUACUCAAAAACAAAUUGAUACAAAAUUGUCGAUAUUAUUUGGUUAUACCAAUGACGAGGGCUCAUGGAUGCUGUCAUUACAAGAUAAACAUAUGUUUGGACCAAAAGUUCGCCAGAAUUUGUCAUUUAAUCAAACAUUUGACAAAUUAGAGACGGAGAUUAUAGCCAAUUAUUAUAUCAACAGAAUCUCAAGUAAAUACAGAAACGACAAGAAUCAGUUGAGCCGUACAAUAGGCAUAGCUUUAGGAGAUUUUUAUAUUGUCUGCCCUUUACAUCAAUUUAUCGAUAAAUUAUUGAUUAUAACAACAAUUUAAAUAUUUAUCAAUAUUACUGGACAUAUAAGGGUAACCCAAAGUCAAGCUCUUUUUGGCGAACUUUUGAAAAUGUUUGGUGCGGGAAAUGGAUGGGUAGUUGUCAUUCAUUUGAAUCAUACGCUAUAUUUGGUGUACCUUUUUAUCAAAACAUUGCAUUUAAUCACAUCGACAGAAGUGUAUCAUUCAAAAUGA